AUGUGUGAAAUGGAUAAAAAAAUAUAUAUUCACAAGGAAAAUAAUAAUAAUAUUAACAAUAAUAAUAAUAAUAAUAGUAUUAGUAAUAAUAUAAAUAUAUUGAGUGAGAAAGGUUCUUUUUCUUCUAUAAAUAAUUAUCAUGAACAUGCAACAAAUUAUUUAAAGAAGGAAAAAAUGUUUUAUGGGUAUAUGAAAAAUAAAGAAACACAAAAUGACAAUGCUCAUGAGGGUGAUAUAGAAUCAAGAGAAAAAUAUGAAAUAAAAAAGAUGAUGAAAAAUGUAAAUAAUAUGAGUAGUCAUGAUAAAAAAAGUGACCAAGAAUUAAAUAAUAAUAUAAAAGGAAAAAUAAACAACAACAACAACAAUAAUAAUAAUAAUAAUAAUAAUAAUAAUAAUAGUUAUUAUUGUAAGAAUGAAUUAAUUACCAGAAAAAGAAAUGUAUAUAUGUCAAACCGCUUUAAAAAUAAUAAUAAUAGUAAUAAUAAUUUUGAUAAUUUAUCAAAUAGGAAUAAUAAAAAUGUAUAUAAUACGUGUCCUAAAAAUAAUUUAUCAAAAAAAGAAAGUCAUAUGAAUGACAACUCUAAUAUUCAUAAGAACAUUUUAAAUAAACGUAUUGAUACAUACAUGAAUAAUGAAGAUUCUACUAAUAUGGAUGAUUAUGAUGAUGAUAAACAAAGUGAUUCUAUAGUAAAAAAUAAUUAUAAUAAUAGGAAUAGAUAUAAUAGAUUUUAUAAUAAUAAUUAUGGAAGUUAUAAUGAAAAAAAAUAUACAUACCAAAGUAAUAAUACAUAUAUGAAAUAUAAAAAAAAUCAAUUUUAUAAAAAUUAUGAUGAUGAAAAGUUAUUAAACAGAAAUUUUAAGAAACACAGCCAAUCUUAUAGGGGUUAUCAAAAAGAACAUAAUUAUUUAAAAGAAUCAAAUAACAUGCACAUGCAAGAUAAAAAUGAAUCUUUUCUUAAAGAGGAAAAUAAAAAUAUAGAGAAUGAAUUAGCAAAUAUGGAUGAAUAUGAAAAUAAAUUUUUAAAACUAAAGGAAGAUGAAAUGGAAGAUAGAAAUGAUAUAUCAUUUAAAAGAGAAGAUAAUAAUAAUAAUAAUAAUAAUAAUGAUGUUAGUGAAAAUAUAAAUAAAAAUAUAAAUGAUAAUAUAAAUGAUAAUAUAAAUGAUAAUAUAAAUGAUUCUGUAAAUAAUGUUGUUAGUGAAGACAAGGAAUUAAAUUCAGAUAAACAAAGUGAUAAAUAUAUAAGUGAUGAAUUAAAAAGAAUUAAAAGAGAAGAAGAAAAAAAAAAAGUUAUGAAUUGGAAAAGCGAAGAACAAACCUUACUUGAAGAAGGGUUAAGAAUUUAUAAGAAUUUAAAAAAUUGUCCUGAAAAAUGGGAAAAAAUUAGUGAAGUCGUAAAAACCAGAACAGCUGAUGAUUGUUUAAAACGUUUUCUUUAUUGUAGAGCUGUUGUUUUGAAAGAAAAAAAAAAACUUAAAGAAGUAACAGAACAAAAAAAAGAAAAAGAAGAAACAAAUAUAAAACAAGGAACAGAAGAUUUAAAAAAUUCAAAGAAUGAAAUAAAUAAUGAUGAUAUAAAAGAUGAUGAAGAACACGAACAAGAUAUAGAUAGUGAUGAUAUGAAUAUUAAUAAUAAUAUGAAUAUAAAGGGAAAGAGUUUAUUAUUAAAUAAUGUGCAUUUAAAAAAUAUAUCAUUAUAUAAGGCAGUAUUAUUAAAGCUACAGUUAAUUUGUAACAGGUGUUGUAAUACAUUUGAUGUAACCUCAACAAGCAAGGACGCUUGUCAAAUAAUAUGUACUUGUGUCAAUUGCUCCAACAGUGCUGUUGUUGAAGUUUACAGAAAUAUUUGUUUCAUGGAAAACACUUGUGUUUGUAUUUUGAAGUUUAAUCAAUGCUCACUAAUGGAUUUACUCACAGCUGAUUACAGUGUUAAUUGUGAGAGUUGUGGAAGAAAAAAUCUUUUUAAAAAUGUCACAUCAGGUAAAGAAAUAAAUGUGAACUGUCAAAAGUGUUUUUCGAAAUUAGAGUUUAAAUACAAAGACAUUUCCUUUGACGAGCCAAUUAAUGCAAAUACCGAAAGCUUAAAAAAAAUUGAUGAUAUGAUAAACAAAUUAUUUACCAAAAAGAAGUCGACUAAAAAAGCUAUACCAACAGCUUCAAAUAAUUUAAAAAUAGAAAAAACAAAAAAUAUGAUAAAAAUAAAUAAUAUAGAAGUUAAAGAUGGAGCAUGUAAGCAUUUUAAAAAAUCGCAUAGGUUAUUUAAAUUCCCCUGUUGUAACAAAAUUUUUCCUUGUCCAACGUGCCAUGAUUUAAAUAGUAAUCAUCAGUGUGACACUGCGAAGAGGUUUAUUUGUGGGUUUUGUUACAGAGAAUUUAGUGACGAUGAAGUGUGUAUUUGUCAAAGGGAUAAAAAAUUAAAAAAGGGUGGAAAGUUUUGGGAGGGUGGAAAAGGAUGUCGUAAUGCAAUCACGUUAAGCAAAAAUGAUUCCAAAAAAUAUAAACUUUUAAAUAGACAAAGUGUCCAAAAAAAAAAAAAAAAAUGA